AUGGAAGAUGUAGAAAUUUCUUCGCUGUACAAAGCGGCAUCUGUGUCAGUUCCCUCACCAAGCGCAACACAUGCCGCAUGCCUGUUCAACGGCCGCCUACAAAUACGAUGUCUCACAACGUUCGAGAUACAAAGAAGUGUAGGAAUACCACCGCCUGUUGAUGUAAAGACCUCUCGCAUUGCAUGGUCGCCGCCUGCCACUCCUGCACAUAUAUCCUACUCCGCGUCGACAUCAUCGCGUCGCACGCCCCGGGCGAUCUCGAACCGCGUUCUCAUCCACGAUGACAAUACGACACGCGUAUAUGAUUUGCGCGACGACAAGUGGAGCGCUGUAAUCAACAAUGGCUCAGGUGGUAUGGGCAGAAACGUACAUGUUGAUUUCGGUGCAAAUGAAGAUGAGGUCAUUGCUUGGAGCGACUUCAGUGCCUGCGCCAAGGUAUGGAACCUGAGAUCUGGAAGAUCAAUCGAGAUUAGGGAUCCGAAGUUCCCCGGGAGGGAGGGCAAGGGAUGGGGUUUCAGGCCUUCCGACAGCGGACAAGCAGGACGAGGAGGGGCUAUGGCUAUGCUGUGUCGAACGUCAGGCAUGGACGUCCUCAUGCUACUUGCGCCACGCACAUAUGCACUCAUCAAUCGCGUUGAGCUGCCCACGAUCGACGCAGCUGGACUCAAAUGGAGUCGCGAUGGCCGCUGGAUUGCAAUUUGGGAUGCGCCUUCCACGGGAUAUAACCUCUGCAUAUACACCGCCGAUGGGCAUCUGUACCGCACGAUCACUCGCGAGUCUUCCAACGAUGCUAGAGGAUGGGGUGUAGAGGGUCUGGGCAUCAAAAGUGUGGAGUGGGUUCCUGGCGCAGAAUGGCUAGCCGUCGGCGGCUGGGAUCGUCGAGUGCGCAUACUGUCGACGCGGACAUUCUCACCAGUCGUCUUUUUAGACCACACCACCGUCAUUGACGUCCCUGGCGCGCCUGUGUUUUCUGAGCAAGUAGACGGACAAGGGAACAGGACGUACAAACUCACGCCGCAACCCGUUACACCGCCGAAAGCACCACUAGAAAAGAACGAAACAAGCCUCAUGAAGCAGGGGAUAAGCACCCUUGCAUUUAACAGCGAUGGCACACUAUGCGCGACAAGAGACGACUCAACACCGAGCACAGUAUGGAUAUGGGACCUUCGAAGUUUGCGACCCCGAAUGAUCCUCAUCCAACACGCGCCGAUUAAGUCACUGCAAUGGCACCACGACAACCCCAUGCUUCUUCUUAUACAAACAACAUACGAUUCGCCUACACUGUAUCUAUACCAAGCCUCUAACCUCUCAGCCUCAACAUCCGCUUCGACAUCAGCAUCAGCGCCUCCUCCAGCAAUACUCGACCUGUCCUCCCGUAUCGAUAAGCCAGCUACCGCCCUCCCUACAAAAUGGACGACAUCUUGGCUAUCUACCCCUGCCGACAAGAAGCCGGUCUUUACAUUUGCUCACCAAGCUGGCUACAUAUUCACAUGGCCCUACGGCAAAGACGCUAUACUACGUUUCGAAACACCUGACGGCAGCGAAGUCAGCGAGGACAGCUUGUAUGAUAUCUUGACUGGGCGAACACCGGUGCGGAGAUUACCAGACAGCGAUGACCCGGCGCUGGACGAUAGUCUGUUGGCAGAACAGCAGCUUGUUAAUGAGGAAGAGGGAUAUCGCAUGAGCUUCGAAGACACAUUCAGAGAGAAGAUGCAGGAGAGGGAGAGAGAAACAGGGCAGCGAAGAAGGGGGAGGAGCGUACUGAAUGAAAGUGGACUAGACGAGAUGUUCUAG